AUGGGCAACUCUUCAACUUCCGUUUCCUCUCCUCCGCCGCCCAGCGAGUCAACAUCCAAACGCGUCACCGGCUCCAACUGGGGCGACCUCCAUCCCAUCGGCAAUCCCGCCACGGCGGCCUGGCACCUCUGCAUCUCAGGCCCAGACGCCGCCAAGCUCCUCCUCGGCUACCAGCCGACGUCGAUGGACGAUCGCUGGAUGAGUCGUUCGGACGGACCAGACGCGCAGGGCACGAUGGUGGUCCAUGUGUACCGGAGUUGGACCGGCCACGAGCAGUUUCAGAUCAGGGCAUCGACCCGAGCAGUUUCGGAUGGGCCCGGGCCCGCGGACGCGGCGGGAGAGGGGGCUGACGUCGGGGCGGACAUUACGGAGAUUAUGUGGGAUCGGGGUGACGGUCCUGUACAGGUUGGGGAGGAGGAGGCUAAAGACAUGAUGCAAUUCUCCACCCUCUUCCCCACCAUCCUCCUCGGCGCGUCCUUCGUCGCCGCAGACUACUGCACCCAGGCCCUCGACCCGGAGGGCCGCAAGUCCAACACGGGCUUCCGCUUCGAGAGCGUCGAUAACGCCAACUGGAAGUGGCAGUCCCGCGACCUCCAAGUCGUCACAACCCUCAACCAGAACUGCCAGAUCCACCAGGGCGGCGGCGGCGGCCCUUUCGCCGCCACCAUCUGCAUCGACUUUGACGGCAACUACGCCUGCUGGGUCACCCCAGCCAAGAACCAGGUCUGCGAUCUCGUCUUCGAGCAGAACGAGGCGCCCAUUGAUGUCUGCAAGAGCAUCAAGAACAUUUGGGGAUGGGUUGCUUAG